UAGUUCUGUGUUCCUUCUAAACCACAGGGAUAAUAUAAGAUAAGAUGGGUAAUUAUCGGUUUAAGCUAACGGAGUUAAUCCCUAACGCAUGGUUUUACAAACUGAGAGACAUGGGGAGAUCAAGAAAGAACAGCACGGCGUCUCCUUCUCCCAUCAAGAAACACCAAACAGUUGUUCCUACUCCGACCACUGCACGCAGUCCUAGGCGACGCUCUUCUUCUUAUUAUUCAAGGCCUCGCAAAACAACGCCGCCGCCCGGUAAGUCUGCCGCCGACCGGCUACCUCACCGUGCCACCACCGUCUCCUCUGCUCCCAAGCCGGUCAUUUCCGAUUUGUCAUCGACUUCCAGUGAUAGUAGCACUGCCACCGGAACGGUGUCUUUCUCACCGGAGUUUCGCUCUGACCAACUACUCUUACCUGAGAGCUCCUCCCACAGCCCUUGCAGCUGCGUAAGCUCCAAAGUUCCGCCUCCGGAGCUCGAUCUCCGGCCGAUCAUCACCAAGCCGGCGAAUAAACCCACCACCGUGCGGAAAACGGCGGUGAGCUCUCCCCGGGGUGUGAGAGUUAGACUGCGCUCGCCGAGGAUCUCGACGAGUAAAUCGGCGGUGAGUUCGCGACGGAGCAGGGCGGUGGUGAAGGCGACGGUGGACCCGAGGAGAGAUUUUAAGGAAUCAAUGGAGGAGAUGAUCGCGGAGAACAAGAUAAGAGAGUCAAAGGAUCUAGAGGAACUUCUAGCUUGCUAUCUCUGUCUCAAUUCUGACGAGUAUCAUCACAUUAUCAUCAAUGUCUUCAAGCAAAUCUGGCUUGACCUUAAUCUUUCAUCCCACGAAUAAAAACAAAAAAAUCAAAUAAUUAUAUAUAUACCUAUAUUAAUUAGUCCUUAGUAUUAUAUAAUCUGUAAGGAUAUAUUUUAUUAUAUGCAUGGUUAUCAAUAUAGCAUUAUUGCUAGAGCUUUUCACUACAAGAAAAC